GAACUUUCAUUCUAAAAUUCCUCCAUGUCUCUGAUGAUGAACUUCCGGCGACUGCACUUCCUCUUCGCCAAAUUAGGGUUUCUAUUCACUCACAUAUGGUCGAUUAUCGAUCUCCUUCUCCACCGAUCCUUCUUCCACUCCUCCGUCGCCGCCGAUCCGCCGCGGAGCAUCGAUUCCUUCGCUGUGCGGCGGACGGCGGACGGCUCCGGCGACGGAGGCGAUUGCGCGGUCUGCCUGUGCGGCGUCGGCGACGGGGAAGAGAUCCGAGGGCUGAAAUGCGGCCACGUGUUCCACCGUGCGUGCUUGGACCGUUGGAUCGGAUGCGGCCACUGGACUUGCCCGCUCUGCCGGAACUAUUUCCGGUUCAAUCCGGCCGCCGGAGAUCGUCGAUUCCCGCCGGAAAAAGAGGUUUUGGUUUUCAAUUUCUGCCAAUUUGAGUUUGAGUCGGUCGACGGAGAUCGGUGGUGGUUGCGUUGAACUGCCAUGGACGGAAGGUUGUAGAAGCUAGGGUAUGGUCGGGGGUCCCGAGGUCCCGGGACUUGGGGGAUAUACAACGGAGGACUUUUUAAACCAACAAGUGUGUUGUAGUAUAGAAUAUAUAAUAUAGAGAGAGAGAGAGGUUUUAAUUUGUUUGUAAUUAACUGGAUUGGUUAGUUGUUGGCCCAUAUAAUUAAUUAAUUAGUUGUAUUUUGAAAUUAUUUGGAUCGAGUUAUUUGUAAAAUAUUAGUGCUUGUUUUGUUA